GAGCGGUCUUGAACUGAACCUACGUAGCAGGCUCACCAUGCUUAAAUCAGUGUAUCAACUCAUCUGCUACACACUGCCGCUCCUUGUUUUCUUCUCCAGCUCAGGGGAGAGCCGGCCUCACGUGGCCCAUCAAGGCACACCUGAUGCAGCCAGGACAGCCAGCCAAAGGGUCCUGCUUUUGGAGGCGGUGAAGAUAGGGAUCCUCAGCUCUCUGGGUAUGGACAUGGAGCCCAGGCCAACCCAAAAGGCCUCAGAGCAAGAGCUCAGCAGGAUGUAUCAGCUCUACAGAGAAACACUGAGAGAGAUGAGAGGAAACUCCAGCCACCUGUUAAAGGAAACCAGACAGUCUACCAUGACUACUGUUCUCUUUCCAGCUACAGUGGAGCCAGUGAAAGUGCUUCAGCCAGGAGAACGCCCACAGGCACUUCAGCACAUGCAGUGGUACAGAGCUGUUUUCAAUAAAAACAUAAAUAUCAAAAUGGAACUGACACUAGCUCGGGCAGAACUGAAGAUUUCCAGACACAUCUUAAAUAAACCCACGUCAGUUCAGUCUGAGGUAAAUGUUAAUGUCAACGGGGCGAAGCUGAUGAACUCUGCUGCACGGACACACUUAGACUCUCUAGUUCAUGGCAGCGUCUCAGGCACUCAAGAUGUGAUGCUGGACAUCAGCCCUGAGGUGGAGAAAUGGAUGAGAACUGAUGGUCAGUCACUGGUUGUGGAUGUAGGACUGGCUAUGGCUGACACAGACGCUAUCAAGUCAAAUCCAACAAUUUCUCUGGAAUUAGGCCUCACACAGCCAAAACCUGCUCAGAGAACACGUCGCUCUAACGCUGAAGGUGACUGCGAGGAGCGAGGGUGGUGCUGCCAGAAGUCCAUCACUGUGUCCUUCAAAGACAUCGGCUGGACGGACUGGGUGGUGGCUCCAUCUGAAUACACCAUGCAUUUCUGUGAGGGCACCUGCCCCCACAACUACAAGCCAGCCAGCAUGCACACACAAGUGAAGUCCCGCAUGCACCAGAUUACCAAAGGAGGAACACCGCACCCCUGCUGUGUGCCGGCGGCCUACGAACCCAUGGUCCUCAUGCACUAUGACAGCAGAGGAAAGCUGAAGCUGACACCUUUCAAUGACUUGAUUGUCAGUAAAUGUCACUGUGCCUGA